AUGGCACAACUUCACACGCGGUCUCUCAUCACCCACAUCUUCAUCUCCUUCACAUCCCUCUUCAGCCAUCUUGUCUCGUUUAUCCUACCCCUCUAUCACCGACUCUCCUUCUCCAAGCUCUCUCUGUAUCGUCUUCACUGGUCCAAAAUGACCUGUCCAGCUACUCCUACGGUACCUAAUCCUGUCCCUGAUCUUAUCCCCGAUCCUGUCCCUGAUCCGGCCCGUGGUCCGGACUGUCCUCCGAUCCCCUGCCCUGUCCUUCCAUACCGUGACGGCACCAGAACGCCUAUCCAAGACCUCGAUCUCGAGAAUAUCAAAAACUGGAAACUCUACAAUGUCGACCUCCAGGCAGCCUGGGGCUUCGCAAAGCACGGGUUCGCAGGCACCCUUGAAAACGUGCGUCUCACGGAUGAAGCCGUAUUCGCCUUCACCAUCUUCAUGCCUCCGUCUAUGCGCGCCAAAUACUUCCGGUACGACUUCGACUCCCGUGGUGAUAUUCGCGAGUAUCGCAUCCCCAGAGACCCGCCUAUGGUGAUCCAGUGCCACGGUAUCAACUGGUUCCCCGUCUAUCGCUCAACAACAAUCCUCUGUGGCACUUGGCGUUUUGCAUGCAGCUGGCUUCGAGGCACUGUGGUCUCGCCUUCUUACGGGUUUUCCAUUGGCGAGUUUGUCGCUCCUCCAGAAGCUGCAACAGCCUGUUCUGCUCCCCUCCAACUGAAUGGUCACCACCUGCGGCCUUCUCUCUCCGGUGUUAGCCCCGACAAACUCCUGCUGAGCCAUUUUCCUCCGACUUCCUUGGAUGAUGCUAUUUCCCGCCAGGGUAUCUUCGUCAAUAUGGAUAUCACCAUCCCUCACAUUAUCGUCAUUGAUUCGAAGGAGACAAGUGGUUUCCAGACCUUGACCGAAAUUGAGGGCUUCCACUACCUUGCCGGGCCCAACUCGGAUCCUAAGGAUUGUUCCCAGUGCAUUCAUAAGCACAUGUCGUCCAAGGACAACCUGAAGGAGAAGUACGGUGGCCCGUACAAGAACAUAACUGUCAUGAAGCCCCUCAAGAAUCGCAUGAAGUGGGAACCAAAGCCCAAACCCUGUGAACAUAGGAAGUGA